AUGGCGGUCGCGAUCCAGCGCGGCUACCUCGACAUGGCGGGGACCCUCUUUCAUCACCUGCACCGACCUGUCCAAGAGAUCACGCGUGGUGACUACGAGACGUCGACGGAGGAGCUCGGAGCAGGCGGCCAAGCAUUCGUGUAUCGCGGCUCGUAUCAAGGGCGCAAGGUUGCCGUCAAGGUGUCCAAGGGGUCCAAAGACGGUGCUGCGAUGCUGCGUGCCGAAGCCGACGCCAUGGCCAAGUGUCCAUCGCCGUACCUCGUGUCGCUCCUCGCCGUCGCUGACCGCGCGUCGACGACGCCAGCGCUCUUGCUCGACUACAUGGACUCGGGCACGCUGCGGGGUUACUUGGACCAGAAGCGGUGGCUGCAAACGAGCGAGUUGCAGGUGACCACCCUCGAGGUGGCGUGGGUGGUCGCGAAUGCGAUGAAGGACUUGCAUGCACUUGGGAUCGUUCACCGCGACAUCAAGAGCGAGAACGUCCUCUUGAGCACGGACCACUACAUCAAGCUCGGCGACUUGGGUAUCGCCAAGGUGGCGGCCACGUACAUGACGGACGGCCGCGGCACGGCGCGCUGGACAGCCCCCGAAGUGCUGCGCGUCGACGGCGAAUGCUACGGCACCCAAGCCGACGUCUACUCGUUUGGCGUGCUCUUGACCGAGCUGGAUACGCUCCAGCUGCCGUACUACGACGCCACCGACUUGAUGAAUGACUAUCAGAUCAAGGAGGCGGUCCUCGCAGGUCGCCGCCCGACGUUGACCGAGUCGUGCGAGCCGUGGCUACGAGACCUCGUGACGCAGUGCCUCCACGACAAGCCAUCCAAGCGCCCGACGGCCGAGGGAAUCGUUUGCAUUCUCGAAAAGCAAGUCGCCGACGGUACGGCAGCAACUGCUGGUGUACACGUUUGAGGCAUAUCGGCGCGCCGUUGCCCUGAACGACAUUGCCUUGGUGCAAGCGCAGCUCGAAAAUGGUUUCGACCCCAA